AUGAAGUCAAUUAUAACUAAAAUAAAACCGUACUCAGAUAUCCCAGGCCCGAAACCCUUACCCAUUUUAGGCAAUACGUGGAGACUCCUACCCCUAAUAGGCCAAUACGAUGUUUCAGAUGUAGCCAAACUAUCCAGCUUGUUUUACCAACAAUACGGAAAAAUCGUAAAACUAUCAGGCCUAAUUGGUAGACCAGAUUUGUUGUUUUUGUAUGAUGCAAACGAAAUUGAAAAAGUUUACAGGCAAGAAGGCCCUACACCCUUUAGACCUUCAAUGCCUUGUUUGGUCAAAUACAAAAGUGAAGUACGCAAGGAUUUUUUCGGAAAAGAAGGAGGUGUAGUUGGAGUACACGGAGAACCGUGGAAAAGUUUCAGAACCAAAGUGCAAAAACCCAUUUUGCAAUUGCAUACUGUGCGGAAAUAUGUUGAACCAAUUGAGAUGGUUACUAAUGAUUUUAUUCAAAGGAUGACCCAAAUGAAAGACUCUAACAACGAAAUGCCUAAAGAUUUCGAUAACGAAAUCCACAAGUGGGCCUUGGAAUGUAUAGGCCUGGUAUCUUUGGAUGUAAGAUUAGGCUGCCUGGAUCCUAAUUUGUCCCCAAACUCUGAAGCAUUGAAAAUAAUCCAGGCUGCAAAAUAUGCCUUGAGAAACAUUGCAAUAUUAGAAUUGAGGUUUCCUUUUUGGAGAUUUUUCCCCACGACAUUGUGGACUAAAUACGUGAAAAAUAUGGACUAUUUUGUUGAAAUUUGUAUGAAACAUAUAGAUGCGGCAAUGGAAAGACUAAAAACCAAAACAGUGAAAAACGAAAAUGAUUUAUCAUUAAUAGAGCGCAUUUUAGCUAAGGAACCAGAUCCAAAAACUGCUUAUAUUUUAGCUUUGGAUUUGAUUCUUGUAGGAAUUGAUACUAUAUCUAUGGCAGUUUGUUCAAUUUUGUACCAACUAGCAACCAGGCCAGAACAACAAGAAAAACUAUACCAAGAGCUUAAACAAGUCCUACCAAACAAUGAACCACUAACACCCGAAAAACUAAACCAAAUGCUUUAUUUAAAAGCCUUUGUAAAAGAGGUUUUUAGAAUGUAUUCAACAGUAAUUGGAAAUGGAAGAACCUUACAAGAAGAUUCAGUUUUGUUAGGCUACAAAGUCCCUAAAGGUGUUCAAGUAGUUUUUCCCACUUUAAUAACAGGAAGUAUGAGCGAAUAUGUCACAAAACCUCAAGAAUUCAAACCAGAAAGAUGGCUAAAAUCGAAUAUUGAAGAAAAAAUCCAUCCAUUUGCCUCUUUGCCUUAUGGUUAUGGAGCUAGGAUGUGUUUAGGAAGAAGGUUUGCUGAUUUAGAGAUACAAGUUUUAUUAGCAAAAUUAAUUAGAUCCUAUAAAUUGGAAUAUUUGCACAAGCCUUUGGAUUAUAAAGUGACGUUUAUGUACGCCCCUGAUGGAGAAUUGAAAUUUAAGAUAUCUAAAAGAAAUGAAUAA